AUGGAAGACGUCCCUGGAGUCUGGAAACUGACAGCGGAGGCCAAGUGGAAUAUGCAUCAAGAUGUGAUUGAGACCCACUUCAAAAUGUGUGAAAAUGGCUGGAUUAUCGCUGAAAAGGACGGAGAUGUUGUGGGUUGCAUGCUGACGCAUGACUUUAGUGAUGACCUGAGGACAGUGGGUCACUUUAUAGUGUCCUCAAAGUUGAGGGGUCAAGGUGUUGGUGCUAAAAUGAUGAUCAAGUAUUUAGACGAAUUUGGGGACAGGAAUACUUAUGUAAGCUCCAUUUCGUAUAUGUUAGAUACAUAUGAAAAGUAUAACGGCGCCCCGCUUUCUAAGGGAGAAAAGGGAGGGAAAUAUUUCGGUAUCUUCAAGAACGUCCCUCUUCCACCAGAUACGGAACAAAAAUACCAUACAAUUGACUUCAGAAAUAUUGACCAGGCGGACCUCAUUAAUUAUGAUACGACAUAUCACGUGUUACCAAGACCAGAAUUGCUGAAGUUAUGGCUUGGCCAAAAUACGGCAAAAUCGCUCGUCUUGUUGGAAAAGGGAAAGUUAGCUGGAUAUGGAUCAAUUAGACCUGCUAUAAACGGUUUUUACCUUGGACCCCUCUAUGCAGAAAACACAGUCGGAACCAUGGUUCUCCUCAAGAGUCUGAUAAACCUCAUUCCACGAGAUUCCAACGUCGAUUUUUUUCUGCCACAUGCGAACGAGGCGGGCAGAGAGAUUCUGAAGGCCAACGAAAACACCGUAGGGUUGUACGCCACUUUUCACAAGUUUGCUACGAAGAGUUAUAUACCAGUGCCAAAGUGGAAUAAUGUAUUUGCAUUACUCUCCAUCGAGUGUGGAUUUUGCUAA